CAAAAAGUGGUCUUCCACAAGAUGUCUCCGAACGAGACCCUCUUCUUAGAAAGCACCAACAAGAUAAUAAAAGACGACAUAAGCAACUCAAGUUUCGUGCAGUUCCAGAUUUGGGAUUUUCCGGGGCAAAUUGACUUCUUCGAUCCGACAUUCGACAGUGACAUGAUUUUCGGUGGUUGUGGAGCUCUGGUAUUCGUUAUUGAUGCUCAAGACGAUUAUAUGGAGGCCCUGAACAAACUCCACUUAACGGUGACCAAGGCCUACAAGGUUAAUCAAGCCAUUAAAUUCGAGGUUUUUAUCCACAAAGUUGAUGGUUUAUCGGACGAUUACAAAAUGGAAACCCAGAGGGAUAUUCAUACGAGGGCAAACGACGAUCUAGCAGACUCAAACUACGAUCAGAUUCAUCUAAGCUUUCAUUUAACAUCAAUUUAUGAUCACAGCAUCUUCGAGGCUUUUAGCAAAGUCGUGCAGAAAUUAAUACCUCAGUUACCAACUCUGGAGAAUUUAUUGAACAUUUUGAUAUCCAAUUCUGCUAUUGAAAAAGCAUUUUUAUUUGACGUUGUGUCAAAAAUUUACAUCGCGACUGACAGCUCUCCAGUGGACAUGCAGAGUUAUGAGCUUUGCUGUGAUAUGAUUGACGUUGUUAUUGAUGUAUCCUGCAUCUAUGGAUUGAGAGAAGAUUUGGAAGCCGCUGCCUUCGACAAUCAGAGCUCCAGUUUGAUUAAAUUAAAUAACGGAACGAUUCUCUAUUUGAGAGAAGUCAAUAAAUUUCUUGCUCUUGUCUGCAUUCUGAGGGAGGAUAAUUUCGAUAGGCAGGGAGUUAUUGACUACAACUUCCUGUGCUUUAGGAAGGCGAUACAGCAGGUAUUUGAGCUUAGGAACAAGGCAACUAGUGCUAAUAAUCAUUCUUCGAGCCCAGCUAGUGCUAUUGAGGGGAGCAGUGCUCCUGGGGGACAGUCUGGAAAUAAUGGACAGAAUGGCACUGCUAUUGUGCUUGCUCAAAGUUAAUAAGUUAGUCCCGUCGAAAUGGCGGAAAUUGCAGCAAUGGACUAACUUUGCCAUCUCACAAACGCUAAUCUUUUCGAGAGAUAAUGACCUGGCAUUGUUCUACUAUUGUAAAGUCCCUUAAUUAUUUUUAUGGAAUUCUUUUUGGAACUUUGAGACAUCUAGAUUUAAAAUAUAGCAAAUGUAAUUUUGA